AUGGAUCCACUCAACCCUGACUCGUUUAACCACAAGUUUGCCACGAUCAACGGCACCACCAUUCACUAUGUUGACGAGGGCACCGGUCCGGUUAUCCUUUGCUUCCACGGUUUCCCUGAUCUCUGGUAUGGCUGGCGCAAGCAGAUUCCCUACCUUGUCUCGCUCGGCUACCGCGUAAUCGCCCCCGACACGCAUGGCUACGGCCAGACCGAUGCUCCGAAGGAUCUCAAGGCAUAUGGCGCCAAGAACAUCGUCAACGACUUUGUCUCGCUGCUUGACACUCUGAACAUCCGCGAGGCGGUGUGGGCUGGUCACGACUGGGGAGGCAAUAUAGCCUGGCGUGCUGCCCUCUGGCACCCGGAGCGUGUCAUUGGCGUCAUCUCCUACUGCACACCAUACUUCCUGUCACCUGAAAAGUACAUUCCCCUGGAUGAGUCUGCAGCUCAAAUUCCUGAGCUGUCCUACCAGCUAUAUUUCGGAAGGGCAGAGACUACGCACGAGUUCAAUAAGGAGCUGCCCCUGCUUAUUAGGGCCCUGUUCCGCCCACGGAAUGAGUUUCUGAGCAUGAACAUCUUCAGCCCCAUUGUUCCAGUUGAGCAGCGCACGCUCACAGAUGUAAAAGGUCUGGAACUCAGUGGACUGCUAACGCAGCAGCAAUAUGAAUACUAUAUCAGCGAGCUUGAGAAGAAUGGCAUGGAGGGUCCGCUCAACUACUACCGCGUAUACCAGAUCAAUUGGGAGGAUGAGCAUGAGGCUGGCCUGCUGAUGGGGAAGAUCGAUAAGCCCUGCAUGAUGGUUACGGCAGGAUAUGACGCCGCACUGCCUGCAGAAUGGGUCGAACAUAUGCUGCAGUUCGCUCCCAACAUGACGCAGGAACAUAUCAAGGAAUCGGGUCACUGGAUUCUGAAUGAACAGCCAGAAUCCUCUAACAAUGCAUUUGCAAAGUUCCUUAAGCACCUUGAGGACAGCGGUUUUGUCAAAAAGUAGCAAUAAACAAGC